UCGGGGGCAUCCAAAUUAUUGUCGAAGAUAUAUAUAAACACAGCAGUGUUGAUUUGAUCAGUACACUUCACUAAUUGGCUUAAAGCAGUAAUUUCCUGCAGCCAAUCUUGCGAUCAGUUUACCUUACCAUUAAUAUUGCUCUCGAAAAUGCUGCGCCAAGUCGUGUUUUUAUCGUUGAUUAUCGGAGCUCUGGCCGGUUUUGGCAGGUUCAAUGAUAAUUUCGGUAACAACAACUUCGGCAAUCCGGGAUUUAAUCAAUUCGGGAACCCAGGGUUUGGUGGCGGUAAUUUCGGUAGUCAGAACUCAGGGUUCGACCAGAGUGCAUUCCAAAGCCAAGACCAGGCAGCUGGUAACGCUGCUGGCGCCGGAAAUGCAGCGGUAGGCGGUGAAGGUCAAGCCCAGAGCAUUAACAAAGCCGAUCACCAAGCGGACGGCAGACGCACCCAGUCCAGUGGUCUCAGUGCCAACACCGCCCAGGGUACCGGUGGAGUAACGGCCGGUGGCGCCGCCCAAGCCGGUGGUCAAACAGCCAGCCAGAAAGCCGGACAACGACAACGCGGCUUCAAUAACAACAAUUUCCAAAGUUUUGGUGGUUUUAAAUAAACAAUUCUAUUUUCCUGUACAUCUACUGGUGCGAACGACAUCAACAAGUAUUUUUCCCUGUUGUUGUGAUUUGGAUUUUCUAUAAUAAAAAUUCAGGCAAUCUGAAA